AUGGCUGAUGCACCAAGUGCUAUUGAGAUUGAGGAGGAUGAAGAGUGUUGGAUGCGGCUGGAGGACCACAGGAUGAUUCUUAUCAAGACCAUUGAUCCUUCACGAAUAAUUCCGUAUUUGAGACAGUGCAAGGUGCUUAACAGCGAGGAUGAGGAACAGAUUUACAAUGACCCCAGUCUAGUCAUUAGACGCAGAAAAGUAGGUGUACUACUGGAUAUAUUACAAAGAACAGGUCUCAAGGGUUAUGUAGCAUUCCUGGAGAGUUUGGAACUGGAUUACCCUCAGCUGUAUCAAAGAAUCACAGGAAAAGAGCCUUCUCGUGUCUUUUCAAUACUUGUGGAUACCGCAGGUGAGUCAGGGCUAACUCAGUUCCUCAUGAGCGAGGUGACUCGACUCCAGAAAGCUCUCCAGGAUGAGCACAUGGCUAGAUUGAAGGUGUCAGCUCGUGCUGCUGAGCAAUUAAACAGCAUUCGCAAGCUGCAGACCCGCGAAUGUGAACUUCGGAAACAACAAGAGCGUGUACAGCGCAUGCGUGACGAGAGAGACCAGAUGUGGAAACAGGCACGGUGCUUGUGGGAUGAGAACUACAAAUUAAUGGGUGAUGUGAAUCGACUAAGUGAAGAGAAGAACUGCGCCCUCAUGUCUAAUAGGGACCAACAACUGGAGAUUGAGAGACUGAAGCACAGUUUAAUGAACGCAGAGAGCGAUUCAAAGAUUCAGCAUAAACGCACAAUGACCCUGAAAAAUGCCAUGGAACAGAGACCUAGCCAGGAAAUGAUGUGGCAGCUGCAAAAAGAAAAUGAUCUCCUCCGAGCUCAAGUGCAAGAACUUCAGAACACGUCUCAGGUAAAAAAUCCCAUUGAAAACAAUAAGCUGAACAUCCUGUCUUUGGAAAAUUUUGAGAAGCAAAGCAAAGAGUAUCAAGAGCUGGUCAACAAGCUUUAUGAACUACGCACAAAGUUACAUGAUGCUGAGAAGUCCCGAGAUAAGUAUCUGGAAAAGAAGGACGAACUGGAGCUUAAGUGUGAGAUGUUAAAGAAAGACUCUAAAAUGUACUGUAAUCGCAUGAAGGACAUCUUAAAGCAGCUGGAGGAGGUCAUCAAAGAAAGAGACAAGGCUAUUUCUACACGAGAAGAGUACCAUCAAGAGAACUGUAAAAAUCUCCAAGACAAGGACAAGUACCGACAACAGAUUCGUGAGAUGGGAGAACAUUAUGAUGAGCUCCAGGUCCAACUCUUCCGAACUCAAGGAGAAGUUCUUGCUCUUCAAACGAAACUUCGCAAGCAAAACCUUCAUAAUACAACAGUAGUCAAAAGCCAGACAAGUGAAGAGGACACCAAGGAGAAAUAUGAGAAAGGUGCAAGUGAUGAUUCACAACCCCCAACCUCUGGGGAGUACAAUUUGUGCCUAAGUAUAAAUGACUCCUGGCCAUCUGAAGUGACAGAGGAAAGUUUAAGGGAGAUGAUAUUGACUGAAGAGGAAGUGACUUCUAGCUCUUUGCCCAGGCCCAGAUGCAAUUUCUAUUACAGGAGGAAACGUGCUUUAAGAACAAAGACAACUGUUAAAGAGUGCACCCAGUGUGUUUUGGACAACACCAGUGGGACUGACAAUACAGACACAGAUGGAAUUUGAUGUCAAAAGUCAAAUCAGUAGAGGAAACAUUACGUUUAUAUCAACCGAGAGAGGCCAAGUACUGAUGACUGGAAUAUUUAUUAGUAUUUCUUUUUUUUUAAAUCUUUUUUUUGUAUUUUAUCAGUUUUUUUAACAAAAAUGCAAUUUUUACUCUU